AGAUUUAAGAAAGAAAAAAGAACACUAUCACUGCCUGCUCGCCUCUGUUUAUUUUUCUGUGGUUGCAACUUGCGCAUAAAAGCUCUGGCCUUUCGCUUUGCCUUCGGUUAUUUUCAUUCUUUGGUGGACAAUAAUAAAGAAAAAGGAAAAAGGAAAAAAAGAAGGGAUUUAAGAAAGUGAAAUCCUCCUGUUUAUGGUUUCUAAGGUGGGUUUCGCUUCAAAUUUUGAUUUGAUUAAGAAUAAAUUGAAAGGAAAAAGAAAUGGAGAGAGAUUUUCUGGGUUUGAACUCAAAACAAUCCUUCCCUUUGGUUAAAGAAGAAGUUGAAGAAAUUGGUUUUACCAAAAGCUUGGGGAUUCAAUGGCCAAUUUCAAACAAGUUUUCUUCAGCUGUUCCACCACAGCCGAUGAGUUUUGAUUUUGCUCAAGGAGAUAACGCUAAAAGAAUUGGAUAUGAUUCAAUAGUAUCCUCUACUUUCAUGCAUAUCUCACCACCAGAUGCUGCUGAACUUCAGAAAUCCUUCAAUCACAACAGGCAACGAGUAGGCAAUCAUUUCCCAUUCACAGCUGCUUCUUCUGUUCAGCAUGAUGUACAUCAUGUUCAACGGCCUUAUGACAUGAAAAUGUUUCCGGUCUCGAACCAAUCAGUUCCCGUUUCAACUACCAACCCAUUUAUGAAUAGUCAUUUCACUACUACUGCUAUGAAAUCACAAUUGCUUGGAGGAAUUCCAGUUACGACUCCGACGCAUUCGGUUCUUCCCACCCUUGGUUCCUUUGGUGGAAGCAUCGAACCACGGAAAAGUGUCAGGGGCCUUGGGGACUCCAGAUCACCUGUUCAAUUGACUAUCUUUUAUGCUGGUACCGUGAAUGUUUAUGAUGAUAUCACCCCCGAGAAGGCUCAGGCUAUCAUGUUACUUGCUGGGAAUGGAUCUUCCUUGACUUCUAAUGUGGCACAUCCAAAUGUCCAAGUCCAGGCACCAAUUUCAAAACCACUUCAAUUCGAAACUCUUCCCACGAAUCAUUUCACGAAUGCACAACUUUGUUCUGGUAUCCCAAGCCCUUUAUCGGUUUCAUCUCACACUGGUGUUCAAUCCAGGAGUGGAUCCACUAGUACUGAUGAAAAGACCGUAUGCAAGACCACAGGAAGUCUGACAACCCCUAUUAGCCUAGUGGAGGCGCCUAAAUUGGCAAAUACCAUGGGACCUGUUACCCCAACCAGCAUGAUGCCUUCUGAAUCAUUUGCUUGCAGUGCCCCAGGCUCGCAAAGCAUCCUUGGCUUGGUUUUUGGAGAAACGCAAGGAAAGGAUUAUGACUGCAUCACCGUAUGAUCUAAGCAAGAAACCACCACAUUGUACAACCCAGGAAUCAAAUGCAUGAACUUGGCUGUGCAAACCCUGCAACAAGGUUUGGUCUUUCAGGGUUUAGCCAUGGUUACUCAUUUGGUGUCAUUAAAAGGAAAGUAAUUUAAGUUUUAUAUAUGUAAUUCCCAUCAACUAAAUGAAUUUUAUAUUUGUGUACUUUAUUUCUUAGGGUCUAUAAUUGUACCCUUUUUUUUGUUUUGUUUGGUAUUAGUGUGGGAUUAUUUGCUACUUUGUAACCCAUUCAAUCUUUUGUUACAUUAUAAAAAAAUAAUACAAUAGUAAGAUUUUGUA